GUGGAGAGGUAACAGCGGAAGCUCAGUCAGAAGGAGGAGGGAGGAGAGGGAGUGUGUUUGAAAGCCUGCCAUUGGUGAGUUUACCAAAGGCAUCUGCCAGUGGGACUUCAAUGGAAUGUGAAACCAAAUCAUUUUCAAGUUAAAGAUAGACACAGUAUACACCAGGAUCUAGAAGCUGGAUUUUAAACUCCUAUCUCUGUGUAGACUUUCUGUGAUGAUCUCUGUUGUACUUAACCACUUGGCUGAAGUUUGCUUGCUAACUGAAUAUGCUAAGAAUUCAUAUGCAUUCUGGAUGUACUGGGAUUAAAAGGAGUUAAGGGAUCAUGGUGUACACACUCCAGGGUAAGUGAAAAGAUGGACUUGAAGGUGCGUCGCUUCUCUGGGAAGAUUAAAUAGGAUUACUAGUUCCUGAGUGAAGUGCUUUGGAAAUCGUUACAUGCCAUAGUCAACUGCCAUUGAAGAGAAAAGAAAAUAGAUGAUUUUGGAAAGUUCAUGCUGUUUCUUCACUGAAUUUUAGAAUGAUUGAAGAUAGUGGGAAAAGAGGAAAUACCAUGGCAGAAAGAAGACAGCUAUUUGCAGAGAUGAGGGCUCAAGAUCUGGAUCGUAUCCGACUUUCCACCUACAGAACAGCAUGCAAGCUUCGGUUUGUUCAGAAGAAAUGCAAUUUGCACCUGGUGGACAUUUGGAAUGUCAUAGAAGCAUUGCGGGAAAAUGCUCUGAACAACUUGGACCCAAACACAGAACUCAAUGUGGCCCGCUUAGAGGCUGUGCUUUCCACCAUUUUUUACCAGCUCAAUAAACGGAUGCCAACCACUCACCAAAUCCACGUGGAGCAGUCCAUCAGUCUCCUGCUGAACUUCCUGCUGGCUGCCUUUGAUCCGGAAGGUCAUGGUAAAAUUUCUGUAUUUGCUGUCAAAAUGGCUUUAGCCACAUUGUGUGGAGGGAAGAUCAUGGACAAGUUAAGAUAUAUUUUCUCCAUGAUUUCUGACUCCAGUGGGGUGAUGGUUUAUGGACGGUAUGAUCAGUUCCUGCGGGAAGUCCUCAAACUGCCCACAGCCGUUUUUGAAGGUCCUUCAUUUGGUUACACAGAACAGUCAGCCAGAUCCUGUUUUUCCCAACAGAAAAAAGUCACAUUGAAUGGUUUCCUGGACACCCUCAUGUCAGAUCCUCCUCCACAGUGUCUAGUCUGGCUUCCACUUUUGCAUCGGCUGGCAAAUGUAGAGAAUGUCUUCCAUCCAGUGGAGUGCUCCUACUGCCACAGAGAGAGUAUGAUGGGAUUUCGCUACCGAUGCCAACAGUGUCACAAUUACCAGCUCUGUCAGGACUGCUUCUGGAGGGGACAUGCUGGUGGUUCCCAUAGCAACCAGCACCAAAUGAAAGAGUACACAUCCUGGAAAUCACCAGCUAAAAAGCUAACGAACGCAUUAAGCAAAUCUCUGAGCUGUGCUUCUAGCCGGGAACCUUUGCAUCCCAUGUUCCCUGACCAGCCUGAGAAGCCACUCAACUUGGCCCACAUUGUGCCACCCAGACCUGUAACCAGCAUGAAUGACACCUUGUUCUCCCACUCUGUCCCCUCCUCAGGAAGUCCUUUUAUUACCAGGAGGUUACCUGAGGAAAUAGGUGCAGCCAGCCCUCUGGCUGAGGAGCACUUGCUCAUAAAGCUGUAUGUAAACCACCUUGACCACAGUGCACGCUCUCCUCCCAAGGACAAGGAAGUAGAGCAGAGCAAACUACUGGCUAGGGCUGCUCCAGCUUUUCUGAAAGGCAAAGGGAUACAAUACAGCCUGAAUGUGGCAGACAGGCUAGCUGAUGAACAUGUUCUCAUCGGGUUGUAUGUCAACAUGCUCCGGAACAACCCAUCAUGUAUGCUUGAGAGUUCCAGCCGGCUUGAUGAAGAACAUAGGCUGAUCGCCAGGUAUGCAGCAAGACUGGCUGCAGAGUCCACGUCGUCUCAGCCAACUCAGCAAAGAAGUGCUCCUGACAUCUCCUUCACCAUUGAUGCAAAUAAGCAACAAAGACAGCUGAUAGCAGAACUAGAAAACAAGAACAGAGAAAUCUUACAGGAGAUUCAGAGGCUCCGGCUAGAGCAUGAGCAAGCUUCUCAGCCCACUCCAGAGAAGGCACAGCAAAACCCCACUCUUCUGGCAGAACUCAGGCUCCUCAGACAACGCAAGGAUGAGCUGGAACAGAGAAUGUCUGCUCUCCAGGAGAGCCGGAGAGAACUAAUGGUCCAGCUAGAGGGGCUCAUGAAGCUACUAAAGACUCAGGGGGCAGGUUCUCCUCGCUCCUCCCCCAGCCACACCAUCAGCAGGCCCAUCCCCAUGCCCGUGCGCUCUGCGUCCACCUGCUCUACCCCUACUCACACGCCUCAGGAUUCUCUCACGGGGGUCGGGGGAGAUGUGCAAGAGGCCUUUGCCCAAAGCUCCAGAAGAAAUUUAAGAAAUGACUUACUAGUGGCAGCAGAUUCUAUCACCAACACUAUGUCCUCUCUCGUCAAAGAGCUAAAUUCAGAGGUGGGGAGUGAAACUGAAAGUAAUGUGGAUUCUGAAUUUGGAAGAAAUCAGUUUGAAGAUCUCGUUCCAUCACCAACCUCUGAAAAGGCUUUUCUAGCACAAAUCCAUGCCCGAAAGCCUGGAUACAUUCAUGGUGGAGCUGCCCAGAGCACCACGCACAGUGACGCGGUUACAGAAGAUGGGGAUCCCUAUGUGCGGCCAGAAGAGGAGAAUUAUGAGGAUGACUCAGUCCGGCAGCUGGAGAAUGAACUCAAGAUGGAGGAAUACCUGAAGCAGAAGCUGCAGGAUGAAGCCUACCAGGUCAGCUUGCAAGGCUGAAUACAAUAUCCUUUUAUCACUCUCCUCUCAAGCAAGCUAUAGUCAGACAGAUGAUGAAAAUAACAUGAAAACUGGUGAUGAAGGAGAGCGCUGCACCCACCCACACAGAGGAGAAGACAGCAGCCUGACAGCAACCUCAUCGAAGAGAGGAAGCACCAUCACACGCAGCAGCUCCGUCAGACCCCUAUCCCUAAAGAUGUGUUCUGCCGACUAUAGUGCAGCUAACUCUUUGUUCUAAAAUGUGUAGUCUAUAGGUGUGUGUUUUGAAAAAAAAAAAUACUUGUGUUCAAAACUAAUGUAAACAGCUACAUCUCCUGUAACAUGACUCAUCCCUGGUUACAAUAAAACAAAAAAAACACAGGCUGAAAACCCAUGCUGCUGUUACUCACGAUAGCAGUAUUAACCUUUGCACAUGACAUUGAACCUGUUCAGUUUACAACGACACUACUAAUACUGUUUGUAGUUAGAAAUUUGAUUUCUGGAUGCUUUGGGAUUUUAGCAAAACAGUUUAUUAUACACUGUACAUUUAUCCCACUGCAAUUGGGAAAACAAAAACAAAACAAAACAAAAACAAGCACUUGUAGUUGUUCACUAAGCCUGAAGGAUUUGGUUCCUGAGUACAUAGACUCAGAGCCUGGAAGUCAAAAAGGGUCCUUAGCCCUCAUGGCCUGCAGUUGUCUCCAAGUCCUUUGUCUUCAGUCACUUGAACCAGUCACCCCAGAAUUAUAUGUGGGACAUCUUUCCAACUUGGGGUUGCUUUCUUUCAAGAUAUUCUAAUGAAUCAGCCAUAGAAUCUAGUGUAAAUAGUUUUUCCAAAUAGAUAUCAUAGUCAAAAGAAAAAAAAAGGCAACAUUCAAAUUAUAUAGAAUCUAGUUUUUAAAAUCAGCACAGAUCUUAAAAACUGUGAACUAUGUUUUGAAAUACUCGCUACUGAAGCUGUUUAUAAACCACAGGUGCCAUAAGAUUCCCCCAAUGGACUGAAGUUAUCUAUGCUCUUCCAUGGUCUUGUUCCUCUCAUGUUAGCUUUAGGGAGCAUGUCUCUAAUAGCACUGCUCAUUCACAAGUUCCCCUAUCAGGUUGUUUGGAGGCCUUCAGCUUUAAAUGUCCAGGCUUAAAGUGCGCUUGCAAACGUUCGCUUUCCUUUACUUUCUGAAUGUGUAUUGCCUUAGCUGGCUACCUGGUGUUCUGCAUGCAGCUUUCUGUGGUCGUAUGCUGAGUUGGAAUUUUACACUUGGUGAAAAGCUGCUGUAUAAAAGGACUGUCAGAGAAGGGAGAAUGAAAAACUAUGUAUGGGCCUUUGUGAGGAUCCUCUUUGGGGAAUGGUGAAGUCCUCCAUUAGGAAUUCUGGCAAAAUGGAAAAAAAAUCUGGUUUUUCCAAAAUGUGAUGGUAUAAAAUACUUGACAUAUGCUGAAUGAACUCUUCUUAAAUUGUUUAUGAAUCUAGAAUUCCCAUUUCUCCUUUAAAAGAAAGAAGAGUAGAUCAUUUUAGAAGAGUGGUUCUCAAAAUAUUCCCUGGACAAGCAGUAUCUAUGUCAUCAGGGAAACUAUUAAAACCUUAGAUUCUUAGGUCUCAACCCAGGUCAAACAGAAGCAAAACUGCUGUAGAUGGAGCCCUUCAGUCUGCCCUACUAAGCUCUCCAGGUGAUUCUGAUGCAAAAGGUUGAGAACCACUGCUUCAAAAUAGAAGUUCUAUCAUAAUAUCUCUGAAAAGGCCUUAACUCAGAAUAAGUGAGAAGGGUUCUGAGUUAACCUCAAAGCUUCAGAAGUUUGAUUUUGUUUCCAGGGCUAGCAAAAACUUUCUCCAAUCCCACCUGGUCCAUAACUGGAGGGUGUCUGGCUGGGAACAGACAUCCUAACAUCUUCGAGAUCUCUCUUUAGAGGGACUCUGAGAUGUCCAUGACUUUGCAAUUGUUCAGAAAUCAUCUCUUUCACUCCCCUGUGGAACAAAAUUUCUCACUUUUGAGGGAAUAAAUCUCUUGGUCGGCAUUAGUAAGGGGCCCAGUCUCUCUGUUGAUGUAUUUCAUCAUACUUUCUCCUCAGAGAAGCAGCCUGACAAAUGCCCCUGAGGACAGGCUGAUACCAAAGUGGCACAACUGCACAGUUCUCAGAUUUCUUUGCACAAGUGGAUUUUAGUGCGGGUUUUGUUGGUAUAUCUUAAUGUUCAUCUCCUUUUCACUGCCCAUCCUUUGUGAAGAUUGAGAGAUGUCACACAUCUCUCAAUGGAGUGGGUGACCACUCAUGCCUCAUACUCAAUAAUUAAAACUACUGCAUAAAAGCUACCUACAUUGCUGUCAGCUCUGAACCAUAGUCAGCUUAUUCUUGAACAUGGAACUCUGGCCCUGAAAAUGGCAUUCAGCCACUGACUGGACUGAGCUAACAGAUACUGUCACUUCCUGUUUCUACAUCAAAAUGUUUGUCUAAGGUCUGACACUGUUCUCCUGAUAACCUUCCCUCAUGACUUAGCUGUCGUUGCCUACAUUGUUUAUCAAUACCAUCAUACAAAGCCAUUGCAAGGACUCUGAAAACUGCUGCCAAUGACCAAUUCCUGACUAACCAGCCACCUUUUCUUUCUCUUAGCUCCACGUCAGCACUGAGACCAGACUCAAGCACCCCUGUCCUGUAAUCGAAACAAAAUGGCGUGUGCGGUUUUGGUUUCUUGUGUUUUUUGGUGGGUUUCUUUCUUUGGCUCUCCAAAUCUACUUUUGGGGGGUGUUCUAAGU